CCUCUCCUCGUGUCACUCCCACCUGUUUACAAUAACAUUUACCUUCGCCGUCUCCAAAUUUUCCCUCCGCCGCCGUCGCUAUCAAAUCUCGCCGUUCACUUCCGGUGACGGACGAAGAAACUUUAUCCGCCAUUACCAGGAAAAAGGAAGAAACUUUCUGUCUGCAACUCGGACUCUGCAGUAUAAUCUCAGGUUUUGAUCAAGAACCAGAAGAAUGGUAAUGGAUGCAAGCUUGCAUGCGAAUUCAUCUCCAAAGCCCAAAUGGAGGAAAGUAGCCUAUGGAGGGAUGCAACCAGGGUACGAUGACAAUUACACCGAUGAAUCAUUCCUCGAGGACAUGGUGAUGAAUGCCAACGUCGUGAGGAGGAACUUGCUGAAGGUGAUGAAAGACUCUGUCUCAAUUUCUCAGUACCUCUGCAUUGUUGCACUUGUGGUCUUGGUUUGGGUUCACACCCUUAGAUCAACCCUAGACGAGAAUUCUCUCUUAGCUCUUGAUCUUACCCUACUAGCAUCUGGCUUCUUGAUUCUACUCUUAACCGAAGAAAAGAUGCUGUCCCUGAAUCUCCUCUUUAGGUACAUCCUCAACAUCUCGUUCUUCAUCACCGGUCUAUACAUCUUAGCUCCGAUAUACCAAACUCUGACCCGAUCUAUAAGCUCGGACUCUAUAUGGGCAGUCACUGUUUCCCUCCUCGUACUCCACCUCUUCCUUCACGACUACUCCGGGUCAACAGUUAGAGCGCCCGGUGCCCUGAAAAACCCGAACUUGACGAGCUGCAUUUCACUGAAUGCUUCCAUCGUAGCUUCGGUCUUUGCUUCUUCUCGCCUCCCGUCUAGGCUCCAUGUCUUUGCAGUGAUGCUGUUCUCCUUGCAAGUCUUCCUCUUUGCCCCUCUUGUCACUUACUGUGUCAAGAAAUUCUCCCUCGGCUUGCACCUUCUCUUCUCUUUUGCCCUAAUGGGUGUGACCCUUUCCUCCAUCUACGCCCUUCACCGGCUACUCUUUGUUCUGUUUCUUGUUGUUUUGGUUAUUGUUAACGUUGUCUGCCCUUAUUGGCUUAUUAGGAUUCAAGAGUAUAAGUUUGAGAUCAAUGGUCCUUGGGAUGAAGCUAAGCUUUGUUUUGACAUCAGAGACUGAAAAAGUUUCAAGCUUUCUUUUUUUUUGAGUUGUAUAUAUACAUGUAUGUAUGUAUGUAUGUAUGUAUUUAUACAUA